UAUAAUAAAGACUUAUUUUUCUAUUUGUAAUUUGGUCUUCCUCAGAUGUGGCCAUGUUGAAACAGUUGCAAACAGAAAAGCAAAAUGCGAAAAGCUAGCUAGCUUUGCACAGCACAUGAAAGUUCUAGCAGAUUUCACUGGGAAGGACCUCUAGCGAUAAUUAUGCAAGUGUCCUCUGAAUCCGUUUGGAAUGCUUGUUUUAACGAGCAGAAAUUUGAAAGUUUGUUUUGUGUUAUGCUGCUUAUAAAGCAUUGCAAACAACGGGAGGAAUGAUCGGAUUUUCCGCUUGCCUGACGUUAGUUUUGUAUCAUGUGGUAGUGUUGUGAAAGAGGAAACAAUUGAAGGAAGUACUGUCAAGCGAGGAUGAACCCCGGGGAGUAAUAUGUCAAUCAAUUUACGUCAGCAUAAAGAAGAUGACAAGUUGGCUCUGUCAGAACGGUUCACAUUUGCUAGUAUUCUAAAAGUGUUUUGUGGCACAAGUUUACUGUAGUGGGGGCGGCCGCCGGCCAUGACUUGAGCGCAGCAUGGUGGAGCUCGGCGUGCGCGUGGUGCGCGGCCCGGACUGGUGCUGGGGGGAGCAGGACGGCGGAGAGGGCCACGCGGGCACCGUCGUCGAGGUGGGCCGCACCGGCUCCGGCACCUCCCCGGAGGGCACCGUCGUCGUCCAGUGGGACGCGGGCAUGCGCACCAACUACCGCACCGGCUACCAGGGCGCCUACGACCUGCGCGUCGUCGACAACGCGCCCGCAGGUGUGAGGCACCCGAACAUAAAGUGCGACGCGUGCUUCAAGCACGGCAUCCGUGGGAUGCGAUGGAAGUGCGUCCAGUGCUACGACUUUGACAUCUGCACCCAGUGCUAUAUGGCCGACAAGCACGACACGGACCACGCCUUCGAGAGGUUCGAGACCAACAGGUCUGUCGGGGUGGACAUGCCUCCUCGCAAGGGAGGUGUGAAGCUUCAGCUGAAGGGUAUAUUCAUCGGAGCCAAAGUGGUCAGGGGGCCGAGCUGGGACUGGGGAAAUCAGGACGGAGGAGAAGGGAAGACCGGUAGAGUGAUCGACAUUCACGGCUGGGACAACGAAUCGGGACGGUCGGUGGCGAACGUGACGUGGACGUCGGGCUCGACCAACGUGUACCGUGUCGGGCACCGCGGCAAGGUGGACCUGAAGUGUGUGCAGGAGGCGUCGGGAGGUUCCUACUACAGGGAUCACUUGCCUGUGCUCGGAGCUGUGGUAGGCAUUUGCCGUGCGAGUCCAAACGGUGGUACUGUAGUGGCCCCGAGGCGACACCUGACAUUCAAUGUCGGCGAGCGUGUCAAGGUCACGUUGGAUGUUGCCUCCCUUAAGCAGCUGCAGGAAGGCCAUGGAGGAUGGAAUCCACGCAUGGCCAAUUACAUCGGUACAGUCGGGACUGUGCACCGGGUGACGGAGCGCGGGGACAUUCGCGUGCGCUACGAGGGCUGCAACAACCGCUGGACACUGCACCCGGCGGCACUCACCAAGGUUAAUACGUUCGCCGUGGGAGACACGGUGCGCGUGAAGGACGACUUGGCACUGGUGCGCGAGUACCAGAAGGGCCACGGGGAAUGGAGUGAGGCGAUGCGACCGGCGCUGGGGAAGCUGGGGCAGGUGACGCGCGUGUACGGAGACGGGGACCUGCGAGUCUGCGUCGACAGCGAGACGUGGACUCUGAACCCGCAGUCCGUCACGCUGGUGACUGCCGUCGACAGCGAGCUCAGCAACACGAUGGGAGGCCGGAGUGCCGACAGGCAGGACCACGCCAGCCCGCUGGCGGCGCUGCUGCAGGACCUGGUGGUGGAGCAGGCGGCCGGCAGCAUCGACCGGCUGGUGAGGGAGGCCGCUCAGGGCCACGCCGACACCGUCCGAGACUUCAUCACCAGCUUCCCCGACAAGGUGGACGGCAAGAGCGGCGGCAAGACGUGCCUGCAGGUCGCGUGUCACCAGGGCCACACGGAGCUGGUGACGAUGCUACUGGACGCGGGGGCGUCGCUCGUGCUGCCGGACGACGAGGGUGACACCGCGCUCCACUACGCGGCAUUUGGGAAUCAGCCCGAGAUAAUGCAGCUGCUCCUGUCGAGAGGCGCGGACAUCGACGCCGUGAACAGAGGUCACUGCACCGCGCUGCACGUAGCGGUCAACAAGCAACACGUGCAGUGUGUGUCUGAGCUGCUGAAGAAAGGCUGCAAUGUCAACAUUCAGGACCUGUACGGAGACACCGCCCUGCACGACGCCAUCUGCAAGGAGAGUGCCGAGAUCACCGACAUGCUGUGCGCGGUGCCGAACAUCGACUUCACACUGCGCAACCGCCGAGGCUUCAACGUGCUCCAGCACGCUGCCCUCAAGGGGAACAACUUUGCCACCGAGAGGCUGCUGCAGCGUGCCCGCCAGAUGGUGGACGUCAAGAAGGACGACGGCUUCGCAGCACUGCACCUGGCCUGCCUCAACGGACACCGCGCUGUCGCCGAGACUCUGCUCUCGCUGGGUCGCGCCGACGUCGGGUUGCGCAACAAUCGCAGGCAGACGGCGCUCCUGCUCGCAGUGUCGCAGGGCCACUGCUCGGUGGUGGAGCUGGUGGUGUCGACGGGCGGCGACGUCAACGCGGAGGACGAGGACGGCGACACGGGGCUGCACCUGGCACUGAUGAAGCGCGCGUCCAUCUGCACGCAGAUCCACGAGCUGGAGGCGCCCGCCAUCUACGGGAUCUACACGCAGCUGAUGCAGGCGCAGCGGGUGGAGGAGGAGAGCCCGGUGGCGCUGGCCAUCGCGUGCUACCUGGUGCAGGAGGGCUGCAGCCUGACCAAGAGGAACCACCGCGGCAAGAGCCCGCUCGACCUGGUCGCCGGCAGCCCGCACCUCGCCGACCUGCUCCAGGCGUACAACCUGCAGGGGCAGCCACCGCCGCCCCCAUUCGCCUGUAAUCUUCCCGUGUCUUCAGAGAGUUCUUCACACAACAAUAGUGACUCUGCCAUCACCUCCAUCUCAGAUUAUCACGCGCCCCCGCCUGUCGAGUGCGCCGUCUGCUCCGAGCUCGGAGACGAGAACGUGCGGUUCGAGCCGUGCGGGCACCGCGUCACCUGCGAGGAGUGCGCCUCGCGCGUCAAGAAGUGUCUCCGCUGUGGACAGGUGGUCAACAAGAGGAUCACCAGCGACGGGCGCACCAUCGCCUGCAAGUCACGACACCCGAGUGCCGAGAGACUGCGCUACCUCGAGUCGAAGAUUGCCGAAAUCGAAGAGACGCACUGCUGCUCCAUAUGCAUGGAGCGACGGCGCAACGUCGCCUUCCUGUGCGGCCACGGCGCCUGCGCCCCCUGCUCGGCCACACUGCGCACCUGCCACAUGUGCCGCAAGACCAUAACGCGCAAGAUAAACCUGUACUAGGCUGCCCGCCUCGGGACCGUGACGCGGAAAACUGGUGCUCGGCCGAGACUACGACGUACGGUGAAAACCUGUACCGGGCCACCUGCCACGUGCGUCGUGAGACAGUAGAGUGAGAGAGAAACCAGUGCCAGCCACAUGUCACGGGUGUCGCAACCCUGUAACGUCGGAGAUAAACCUGUACGGGCUACCCGUCACGUAUUCCACGAGACAGUUGCAUCCUGCCAGCUUCUACCGUCAAAGGCCUGCGGGUAGAGUCUACAGUGUCCCGGUGCGUCACCAGGCGAUAGAAACGAUUGCGGCGCUCCACUCGUUGCGCCGGUAAAGCCACGGCGUGUGUGUGUCCGUACACUUUUUAUUUCUACCGGGAAUAGUCUCACUCGACAGGAAAUAGUGUGUCGUCACGUAAGGUCUCCGUCACGAUGCAGUCUGACGCGGAGUGAGAGUAUCUCGGUGACACUGUGCGGGCAGCUGUACAGUGUUGUUACAAAUAGUGCAGUGCCACUCGAGUGCAGCCGAGAGUUGCACUGCGUGUUUACCCUUCGAGAAAAAAAUGUUUUGCUUUCACUGCACAGUAACUCGCCUGCCUUUGGGGAAAGUCACUACAAUAAUGUGUUUGGCAGCAGUGGAAUUAUAUGUCUCAGUACGAUUUGAAAUACUGUUGACUGAUUGGGCAUUGCAACAUAGUUUUUGUGUCAUUGUUCUCUUUCUGUGUGUAGGGUAGUCUAUACUGACUGACUGGGUUGUUGUGUCACAUUCUGUGGUUUACUAUGGUGUGUGUGUGUGUGUGUGUGUGUGUGUGUGUGUGUGUGUGUGUGUGUGUGUGUGUGUGUGUGCGCGCAUGCGUGUGAACGAGAGUGAGAGAGAGAGAUUUAGGUUUAAAAAGUUUUAACUGUAAGUAUAUUCAUUAGAAUGAAGUUAGUAGACACAUUUUUUAAGAACAAAUGUUGCUACAAAAGCAGAAGUAGCAUUUCGCCCGGUGCAAGCUCGACGGCAAAGCUAGAGUGUCAUUUUGUACUACAUGCAGGAGUGAUAUUGUGUGCCAUCCAGGUUGUGAAUUAGAAUUUUAUUUUCCUUGGCACUUACUCAGUCAAAUGCAGUGGGGGCUCAGAUUUGAAAGAGAGAUUCUUUCCUCAGCAGUGGAAAUUCCUAGCCGGAAUACAAACAGUGGUAAGCCUUGUGUACAGAUAGGCACAUAAACAGGAAGCUGCAUAUCGGACAGCUGUUAAACUGCAAUCCCUCAUCACAGACUCCUUCGUGGUACGUGAUUUCUUUCUUUCUCUGUGUGUGUGUGUGUGUGUGUGUGUGUGUGUGUGUGUGUGUGUGUGUGUGUGUGUGUGUGUGUGUGUACACAUACAGGGUGUUACAAAAAGGUACGGCCAAACUUUCAGGAAACAUUCCUCACACACAAAGAAAGAAAAUAUGUUACGUGGACAUGUCUCCGGAAACGCUUACUUUCCAUGUUAGAGCUCAUUUUAUUACUUCUCUUCAAAUCACAUUAACCGUGGAAUGGAAACACACAGCAACAGAACGUACCAGCGUGACUUCAAACACUUUGUUACAGGAAAUGUUCAAAAUGUCCUCCGUUAGCGAGGAUACGUGCAUCCACCCUCCGUCGCACGGAAUCCCUGAUGCGCUGAUGCAGCCCUGGAGAAUGGCGUAUUGUAUCACAGCCGUCCACAAUAUGAGCACGAAGAGUCUCUACAUUUGAUACCGGGGUUGCGUAGACGAGAGCUUUCAAAUGCCCCCAUAAAUGAAAGUGGAGAGGGUUGAGGUCAGGAGAGCGUGGAGACCACGGAAUUGGUCCACCUCUACCAAUCCGUCGGUCACCGAAUCUGUUGUUGAGAAGCGUACGAACACUUCGACUGAAAUGUGCAGGAGCUCCAUCGUGCAUGAACCACAUGUUGUGUCGUACUUGUAAAGGCACAUGUUCUAGUGUCACAGGUAGAGUAUACCGUAUGAAAUCGUGAUAACAUGCUCCAUUGAGCGUAGGUGGAAGAACAUAGUGACGAAACUAAAAUGAGCUCUAACAUGGAAAUUAAGCAUUUCCGGACACAUGUUCACAUAACAUCUUUUCUUUAUUUGCGUGUGAGGAAUGUUUCCUGAAAGUUGGGCCAUACCUUUUUGUAACACCCCGUCCGUAUACAUGUACAUGUAGGGUGUUUGUACAUAUACAUGUACAUGUAGGCUGUGCAAUGCUUCCUAUACACAGUUUGUCUUUACCAUUGAAAACAGUCCCUCUCUUGACAUUGUUUUUGUACAUACUAUCGCUUGUAAUAGUUCUUUCAGAUGAAACACAGCAGUUAGCACAGCAGGCUCACAUUCGUAAGGAGCUGGUUUCUGGCUCUGGCCAUCUCGGUGUCGGCUUUCUCACAUUUCCCGAGACUCCAUUAUGUGAAUGCUGGGACAGUUUCUCUGCAAAGGACCCUGCUGAUUUUCUUCCCAAUCUAAGCCUGUGGUUCACCUUUAAUAAUAUUGUCAAUGACAAGGCAUUAAAUAGUGUUAUUUUUCCUUAUUCAGGUCGUGGGACACACGUUUCUAAGCUUACAGGUGUAAGUCUUCCCACUGUAAGGGAAAUAGCUUAUUGCAGUUACAAACAUUCUUCUGAAGCACGAGUAUCACUUUUCCCAAUUCUUAUGUAUGAUUGGAAAUGCUGGGGUGUAGUGGUUUUAUAGCCUUAUGAAUUAAAGUCAAAGGCCAGAGGAGCAGAGCCAAAAAAUUCAUUCUUCACAGUCAAAUAAAAGAUGCAAAAGUUACAGUUUAUGAAUGUUGUCGUGUUAAUUCGUGCAACAUUCCAAAUACGUGAGGUGGGCUUAGGCAAAUAACGUAUUAUCAGUCAUGCCGCAAGUGUAGUCCUAAUUUAUGGCUGUCCUAAUUCUCAUUUAUGAUCACAGACCACCUUAGUUAUAAAAUAUCCAAAUUUAAUGUCAAAGUGAUGUCCCCUCAUCAUUUCAACACUACUUCUUCUUCUCGACAUGAUUCUCCUUAUGCAGGUCAUUCACAGAGCCUCUUCUAAGCUUCUCUUUUCUCCCACAGUCUAUCAUUUAGCAUCUCCUCCCAUUGCAAUCCUUUUUGGUUCACGCCAUCCUUCACUGAGUCUCUCCAUCUUGUCCAUGGCUUUCCAGGUCCCAUUCUUUUAAUGUGACCAAACCAUUUGGUUUUUAGGGACUCGAUCAGCAGGGGAUUUUGUGUUAUUUCAUUUCUUAUCCUGUCUCUUCGUGUCUUACCGAGGAUUCCUCGUAGAAAUUGUAUCUCUGUUGCUUGUAUUCCACACAGAUCUUUCUUAGUCAAGCGCAACAUUCUGAUCCGUAGGUCAAAAUUGGAAGAAAAUAUGACUUGUAUAUCACGAUCUUUGCUCUGGCAGUUAUUUUCCAGUUUCUAAUUAUGUCGGAUACAAAAUAAUAAAAUUUUGAACAAUUUUCCUUUCUCUCCUAAAUUUCAUCCUUGACGUUUCCUUUCGGGAUUAAUUUUCUUCCUAGAUACUAGAAAGCAUCUACUACUUGAAUAAUUUUUCCAUUGUGAGUUAAAUCUUUCAUGUUUUCACUUUUCCUGCCAAUUUUCAUUACUUCGCUUUUUGUGAAGCUUAUUUCCAUUCCCGCUUCUUCAAUUACUCUCUGUCAGGUAUUUGGUUGCUCUUCAAAAUUCUGCUCAUUUACUUCCCGAAUUAUCAUUAAUCUGCAUAUGCUAUGAUUUUCAUAUCAUCUGCUGUUGACCCUUGGCGAACUUUCCUUAUGAUGUUGUCCACGGCUAUGUUAAAAAACACUGUGGAGUGCCUGCUUCCUUGCCAAGCCCUCUGUGCAUUAUAAACAGUUCUGAUCUAUUUGUCAUCUAUUAUAACACAAUUCAGGCAUUUUUUGUACAUUUCAGCACUUCUGUCGUAUUUCUCGUUCACGUAGUAAAUGUGAAAUUGUACUGUGAAUUCUGAUAAUGUGAAGGUGCUGCUAUUAGAAGGUGGCAUUUUUACAAUUUUUCUGUCAGAAAAUUCUGUCCUUGCAAGCUAUUAAUACAGUAAAACCUCAUUUAUACAUUUUGAAGGGAGAUGAUAAAGUAAAUGUGCAAGUUGGAUUAAUGUUAAAAUGAAACUUUUUAAUAUACUUCUAUUAAAGUCAAGUGUGUACAAAUAAAAUACAAAUAUAUUGUACAGUGAUAGGUACAGUAGCUCAGCUUAUGCCUAAGUUAUGGGAAAUUAAAGUUAUUUAGGCCUAUGAAUCAAUUGCGGUUUGUUUUUUGGAAGCAAUACUGAAGUCAUAAAUCAAGAUUUCAUAUGCAGUCACUGUGCACAUCUUGUCAUCACUAAUCUUAUGUAACGUUGUGUUACUUGCAAUGCAGUAAGUGCUUCUGACUGACUGAGAGGGUCCACAGGUCCACCAUCCAAUUCCUUGGAUUCCCCAAAAAUAUUUAUUUCAGCUGAUACUUGCACUGCUACUUUAAUUAUUUCCUCCUCAGCUGGUACACAACACAUAGCAGUACCAGCAUCACAAUCACCAGAAUCAGUUCCAUUUGAAAUACGAACCCAGUCAUUCAAGUUACUGUCUUUGUAUAUAUAGUUAAAGGCUACCCAGCCAUUGACCCUCGUCUGUGCGAAUGCGCACAGGUUGCCCAAACUCUUACGGGAAUCGCCAAAGUGUGCGCGAGUAAUGAGUGAGUGGGCAAAUGUGUAUCAAAUGUGUAUAAGGUACAAUACAUAUGUAGAAUUGUGGACAGUUGGGAAUGUGAGUCUCACGGGAAGCGUGCACGGGAUAAGUCCCUGCAGUCGCGCUAUUCAUCUGUGUCCUCGGUGGCUCAGAUUGAUAGAGCGUCUGCCAUGUAAGCAGGAGAUCCCGGGUUCGAGUCCCGGUCGAGGCACACAUUUUCAGCUGUCCACAUCGAGGUAUAUCAGCAACACCUGUCGGCAGCUGAGGUUUUCAGUUAGUCAUCAUUUAUUCAUUGUCUUCUGGUAUAUUGAAAUCUACGUCAAAAUGUUCAGCAUCUUCGGAGUCAGCUUGAGUUUCAUCUUCUGUGAUGUCAGUUUUUCAAAAGGAGUUGGGUUUGUGUAUGGCUUCAAUUGAUCCCAAGCGUUCCUUAUGUACUUCAUUGCCAGGAUAAGAAAAAUAAAUUAAAAAGCUACAUUUACAUAUCUGUACUGAAUUUAAUUUAGUUGCUAGUGCUAUUCUAAAAAUGUUAGUGAAGUUCAGAUGGAAUUGACAGAGAAUGUUAUACAUACAUAGCAUAUGUGUAAAGUGUGUCCCAGCUUACAAAUCUAUUCUUUGGUUUAUCUGCAUCAUAUCCAGUUUAGGAUCUUCCUUCCCACUGUCGAGAUGUGCGAUGACGUGAUGAACCGGCAUUUUUUGAAAGUUUUCAUCAUUUAACUUUUUAGCGAAGUCUAAGGCAUUUUCUUUCAGUAUUGCACCUGAAAUAGGUACAUUACCUGCACGCUGUUUCUGAAACCGAGUCUGUUGGCAUUUUUUCCCACAUCUGCAAACUUUCCAUCUGGGAUACGCAUGCGUUUCUCAUCACGUCUGGCUUUCGAAGCACUAGAUCGUAUCCAUGUUUCAGUGGCCAGUAUGGUAGUUAAGGUAGAAUAUGGGAUUUUGAGAUGCUUUGCAGUGCCCACUUUAGGUUCACAAGGACUUCUUUGCACUUCUUCAAUUACAUUUACUUUCUCCUGCAUGGAAAGACGUCAUCUUUUUCUUCGUGACAAUCUCAUCAUUUUCGCAUGCAUAAAAAUUGGAAACUACACUAAACAAAUUGAGUUCACCCCUUACAAAAACACUGUUUCACUCGGUGUGCUCUCCACCUGCUGACACUACCAUCAAGUGCCACUGGAAUGUAUUGUACUGCAGGCCGUGUUACCCCCUCCUUAGGACUCCGUGAGAUGACGUCAUUGAGAAGUGCUAGUCUGCAGUGUUCACGCAUUCACACGGCGCGACACUUCGUGCGACGACUGAGAACAGGUUUAGCUGUUGCUGUGAGCAACUUAGAUGCUACCACUGCUGCUGUUUUUGCUGAUGUCUCGUGCUGACUGUUCAUAAAUGGCUACUCGCUGCUUGGCCGACCGACAGCACCAUCCCCUCCCCCGAGUGGCGUCGUGUGAAGGCAGCUAUUGUAGCAAUGUUCCGCCAGGUUAUACGAUCUGAAACCAACUGUCACAAGGUCAACAACAACAGUGUCGCCACGUGUACUGACCCGCGAUAAUAACUGCGACUUUGGAUGCAGACGGCAAACCAAUAAUCGCUCGCCACACUAUAUACAAAAUGUUUCGAGAUGAUUUCUUGGUCUUUAUAUCAUAUAAGUCUGACAAAAAUGACUGUGAAGGAGUAAAAAUAAUAGCGUAAAAGUGCAAAAACAUAUAAAUGGAAAAUGUGAAAGUGGGGUAACUCUGCAUGUAAAAUCGAAAACGUGCACAGUGUACAACAUACAAGAGCAAAAAACGUAAGCUGAGAAAUGUAUAAAUGCGGUUUCACUGUUUAAACAAUGUUUCUAAUAGGAAGGGAUAAGCAUGCUUCCAGACCACAAAAAAGUUUAUCUAUUGUCAGAAAUUGGUGUAACAUUUUUCUUGACUUCACCCUCUAAUUGUACAGGUUUCUAUUUCGGGAGCUCAUCUCUUGCUACUUAUUUUUGUAAUGGGUUUAUUUCAAUUCCUUUUCUCCUCUUGAACUUUGUUUCUUAGACCAUACCUUUUUUCCCCCCAAGUAGUUUCUUAAUAAAGCCGAUACACCCUUUCACUGUUCUGAGAAAUGUAUAGUAAGUGCUUCUCUAGUCAUUAUAUACAGUGCUGUUAGAACAGAUUUGUGUUACAAAUUGUAACUCUCGUUUGUUUCUGUGCUUCUCCAGUAUCCCUUAAUAUUUCUACAUGAGAAUUUCUGCUUACAGUCUCAGCUUUGACAACUUUUUGUCUGUGCCGUGCCAUGUUUAUUAGUAAUGCCACACCUCAAAUUAUUCAGUUUUAUUUUGUCAGCAUUCACAUCAUUUUUAUUUCAGAAUUGUUUCCAAUGAAUGCAAUAAAUUUAGUCACCUUCUUGAAAAUUUUCAGAUUAUAUUGGUUACAAAUUUUACACAGAAUACAGAUUUCACCUUGCAGGUAACAUUUAUUUUAAUGUUGGUGUACAGACAAUGGAAAACAGUGACUGUGUGUGUGUGUGUGUGUGUGUGUGUGUGUGUGUGUGUGUGUAUAUUACAUUAAGAUGGGUUUUCUGGUCUUAGUGAUUUCAUCCAUAAAAGUAUUAAAAAUAAGAGGUGAAUACUGUAAUCUUAUGUGAUCCAUUUAUUUGUUGUGAUUGUAUGUUUUUGGAACUAUUUUACUAAAGUGUAAUUAUAUUCACAUCUGACCUUCUAUCUGCUCUUUCAGUCAUGGCAGUGAAGUGUUUAUUCCUAAGUUUGUAUGUGAUUCGCAGGCAUUGCAAGCCGCUGCAGGCAGGCUUACCAUGUACCCAAUAGCCAUGUGUUGUGCUGAAGUGAGAAAGAAUAUUUACGUGCCAAAUACCACAUACUUUUACAGCAGAGAUACAGCUGUGCGUCGCCAUGUUAAAUGAAGUUCUCUCCAAUUGUUAAAGCUAUAAAGCAGCUGCUUUCUCCGGUGAAAAGUCUCUGACAUGCAGUUGUUUUAACUGUAAUGAUGUACUAAAAGGUAGUUAUAAAUGUUACUGCAGACUGGCAUCAAAGAUUGUUUUUUUGAAACAUGGAAUUUGUUACCGACAAUACAAAAUGGAUGUUGUACUUGAAUAAGUAUUAUAUAUCUCUCAUUCCGAUUCGCCAUCAAGUAAUAA